CCAGACAUAUAUCAGUCUAAAUCCGAUAGAGAAUCAUGGAACGCUGGCAGAAUCGUGUGGCCGUCGUCACGGGCGCCAGUUCGGGCAUUGGGUCGGCCAUUGCCAAGGAUCUGGUCCUGGCCGGCAUGAAAGUGGUGGGCCUGGCUCGGCGGGUCGACAGGGUCAAGGAGCUGGUAAAGGAACUCCCGACGGACAAGCAGGGCCGGCUCUUCCCCCUCUACUGCGACGUGGGCAGUGAGGCGUCCGUGAACGAGGCUUUCGACUGGAUCAUCCAGAAGCUGGGCGCCGUCGACAUCCUGGUGAACAAUGCCGGCACUCUGCAGUCCGGCUACCUGGUGGACAUGAACCCCGCCAAGAUGCAGCUGGUCCUGCAAACCAACAUCAUGGGCAUUGUCCUGUGCACCCAGCGGGCCGUCCGCUCGAUGCGGGAGCGCAAGUUCGACGGUCAUGUGAUCCUCAUCAACAGCAUCCUGGGCCACAAGACCAUGACGGCCAUGGAGGGCGUGGCCCCGGACGUGAAUGUCUAUCCGCCCAGCAAGCAUGCCGUGACAGCUUUGGCCGAAGGAUACCGCCAGGAGUUCCUCGGUCUGGGCACCAAAAUCAAGAUUACAAGCGUCAGUCCCGGGGUGGUGGACACUGAGAUCCUGCCGGACAGCAUCCGGGAUGUGAUCAAGGACCGCAUGCUCCAUUCCGAGGAUAUAUCCCAAGGUGUCCUGUACGCCAUCUCUACGCCACCGCAUGUCCAGGUGCAUGAGUUGACAAUCAAGCCGAUUGGAGAGACCAUGUAGGACUAAUCCUUGAAAGGAUUAAGUAUCCUUUUUUUGUAUUUUUUUUCAUGUUUUCGUUCAUGUAGCCUUUACACUUGUAGACCCUUAAGCACAAAAAUAAAUAAAAUCAACUAUCAAUUCCAA